UGAAGUCGGAGGCUUAACCCACCGAGCCACCCACCCAGGCGCCCCACCGCUGUUGUUCUGAUGGCAGAUGCUGCUUGGGGUGCAGGGCAGGACUGCGUCUGGACCUCGGGCCUGGGGAGGCAGCCUCCUCAGGUGGGCAAAAGACUUCGGGGACCCAGGUCAGGCUCUAGAGGAGGAGAGGGGAAAAUGGGGUAUCUGUCCUGGCUCCUACACUUUCCCAGCAUGGAGAGCAUAAGUGGACGAGCCCUGUCCCUCCCCCAAUUUGUCCGCAGAGGGGGCGGAGGGUGAGUGCCCAGUCUCCUGCCCCCCUUCUUUCCACCCCGCCCCUGCCUGGGGACAACCUUUAACCCAACACCAACUGCCUGUCCCCAACACAUUGUCCCCGGGUGAUCUGAGCCACAGAGAGGACCGCGGCCGAUUAUGGAGAGCAGAGGCCCACUGGCCGCAUCGCCGGGGCUGCUGCUGCUGCUGCCGCUGCCACCUCACGGCCACCAGAGGAUCCAGGACCCUCCUGCUGUGCACCUCAGCAGUGGCUCAGGACAAGAGCCUAUCACCAUCAUGACCUUUGACUUCACCAAGAUCAGGAAGUAUGAGGCCAUGCCCCACGUACCAUCUUUCCUUCUGCGUCCUUCCAGAACCUCUUCCUCCUUUGAGCUUCGAACCUGGGAUCCAGAGGGAGUGAUUUUUUAUGGCGAUACCAACCCCCAGAAGGACUGCUUUGUGCUGGGGCUUCGAGAUGGCAGGCCCGAGAUCCAAAUGCGCAACCACUUGGCCCAGCUUACGGUGGGCGCCGGGCCCCGGCUGGACGAUGGGAAGUGGCAUCAGGUGGAAGUGAAGGUCCUCGGGGAUUCGCUGCUGCUGAGUGUGGAUGGGGAGGAGGUGCUGUGCCUGAGACAGGUCUCUGGGCCUCUGGCCGGCAAAGUCCAGCCUGUCGUGAGGAUUGCACUGGGGGGACUGUUGUUCCCUGUCUCCAGUCUCCGUUUGCCGCUGGUCCCCACCCUGGAUGGCUGUCUGCGCCGGGAAAAUUGGCUGGACCAACAGGCCCAGACCUCGGUGUCUGCCCUUCUUACCAGCAGCCUCAGAAGCUGCGCUGCAGAGUCCCAGCCUGGCACAUUCUUCCCUCCGGGGACUCGAGCAGAAUUCAGUCUCCAAGCCUCAUGCAGAGCCCUGGGCCUUCUCUCUGGACCUGGGACUCCAGCUGGCAGCAGGUUCUGGCCACCUCCUUGCCCUUGGGACCCCAGAAAACCCUCCUUGGCUCAGCCUCCAGCUCUAAGAUCAAGAGAGGCUUCUUCGGCCUCCUUUUGCUUGGAUGGCCUUUGGGCACAAGGCCAGAAGUUGGACAUGGACCGGGCCCUGAGCAGAAGUCAGAACAUCUGGACUCACAGCUGUCCCCAGAGCCUAGGCAAUGACACGGACAGCACCCAUUAAACCCCCACCUGAGAAUCCCCUCGAAUGUCACUCGUUCAUUCACUCGACACAUCUUUACGGGGUAUCUGCAACGUACCAGGCACUGCGCUGAGCGAUGGGCUGUACUGAUGAGUAACCUCCCCCCCGCCCCCCUUGGUUCCUGCCCUCUGGCUGCUCAAGGUCCCCUGGGGGAGGCAGACAUCCAUCAAAGACUAACAAGUAAGUGGAGAAUCGGAAACUGAUAAGCGCCGUAGAGGGAAUUGUAAAAGCUUGAAGACCGGGGGCCUUAACCUAGUCUGGGGGUCCAGGCAGGCUUCCCGAGGAGGAGGAAGCCGUGACUUCUCAGCCUGGGAGUUCAGCAGCACCGACAGGCAGAUGUGCGCACCAGAUACGGGUCACUUUCUGGGAGCCGGGAGCCCCCCUCCUUCCCCAGCAUUUCCUGCUUGUGGGGCUUUAGCAUUCCCCUCGCGGAGGCUGGUCCUGAGAGGCCUGGAAGGAAGGGAAGAAACGGAAUCCUGCUGUUCCCUUAGCCGGGCCACUGCUGUGCAAAGAAGGAGCAGCAGGGGGCAUGGGAGAGCCCUAGAGGGAGGGGGACAGGGGUUCUGGGGACCGGGGCGGAAGCAGCAGGGAGAAGGAAAGAGGGAGUGGGGCAGAGGGCGAAGCAGCCGGCAUCUCUCCUAGUCUUGUCUCCGUCCCCUUGCCGCCUUCCCAGACGAACCCGUCUCUAGUCCAUUCAAGGAGAGCUGGUUUAUGCUGGUCCCAGCUGGGAAAAACAGAUUCAGGAAUAUCUCUGCCCUCAGAGAAUGUGGUGACCCAGUCCUCCGCCCCUUCCCGUCGCCUCGGCAGAAUCUUGGUGUCCCAACCCCUACUUGGGGCACCCUCGGGAGCCCUGGCACCUGUUCUCCAUCCUCUCCUCUCGAGGACUGUUAGCCCAUCCCCCAACCCCCCAACCCAUGGGGAUCCCAGUGUCCCAGACUCCUGGCUUCUUAAAAUGAUUUGCCUACCAGUCGCCCUGUUGCCAGGGUGACUCACUCAUUGGACCUGUCAUCCCCUUCUGCAGGGAUCAGCCAGGACCUAAGUGACCCCAGGGUAAGGAGGCUCCAGGACUGUGUCUGGGGUGGAAGACAGCCUAGGCUUCUCCUUGGACCCUCCCAGUCUCGAGUUUGCUGGUCUACAGCUGCUGCCACACAGGCAGAGUGCCUUUGGAGCGUCCUCAGCAUGGCCAGGAAGCCCCGAUUCAACUCUGGUCCCCUGGGCAAUGUUUGGGGCCCACCUGGGCCCUUGGGUAUGUCCAUUCGACCGAUAGUCACUGAGGACCUACUGCGUAUCGGGCAUCGUUCUAGACGCUGAGGAUGCCUGGAUGAAAAAGACAGACACGGUGCCUGCUUUUGUGGAGAGCUCACACUGGCGGG